GAAAACAGCUGAAGAAAAGUAUUUUGCUCUGUGUUCUAGACGUGUCCGGAAGUGUCUAGAUGGGUUUCGUAGUAAUUCUGCGUGGUAUAUAAGGGUAACGAUGAAGAGAUUGAGAGUUGAUCAGAUCAAUCUGCAAUUCUGCACAGUACUCAUCAAAGCAAAAAGAGAGCUAUUUAAAUAACUCAAAUCGACUGCCGUGUUAGGAAUACAGUUUUAAAAGACCUGAUAUAAAAUUUAGAUUUUUUGAUCAAAUCAUUGUUCAACUAUGAAGCCAGAACAAGUGGCUUAUGAAAUAAAACAGAACGACAAAGUUGGUCGAUACGUUGUGGCUGCAAAAGAACUGGAGGCAGGCGAAGAGUUUCUUGUGGACACCGCAGCCGUCAUCGGGCCAAAGCACCACACUCCUCCCGUUUGCCUGGGAUGUCUCUCCCUAACCUCUGGGGACACUCUUUGCGAGCGCUGCGGGUGGCCAGUGUGCGGACCGAGUUGUGCGGAUUUGCCAGCACACAAGGAAGCAGAAUGCGCUGUAUUUGCCGCGGCCAACGUCAAAUUUUCGUCUUCAGUGGAAGACCCCACUGCCGAUUGUCCUCAAUAUGAAUGCAUUACUCCGCUGAGACUGUUGCUGACAAUCGGAAGCAAAAUAUGGAAUGACAAGAUUGAGAAAAUGGAGUGUCACUCAAAAGAGCGGAAAGGUGGUGUAGACUGGAAUGCUGACCAGAUCAACAUUGUUAAUUUUCUCCGCGGUCCGUGCAAAUUAGCUGACAGAUUUAGUGAAGAGCAAAUUCACCAAGUCUGUGGGAUUUUGGCUGUGAAUACUUUUGAAGCAUGCUCGCGUGUUAGUGGAGGAAACCCUGUGCGAGCACUCUAUCCGCAGUUUGCCCUUUUGUCGCACAACUGCGUGCCGAACACAGCUCACUCCAUCGGCGCCGACUACAAAGUGCGAGUUCGCACAACUGUGCCUGUGAAAAAGGGUGACGAGCUUUUCAUAACCUACACGCACACGCUUCAGCCGACUUACGCCAGACGACAACAUCUUAAGCUUAGCAAAUAUUUUGAUUGCGAAUGUGCGCGAUGUGCAGACCCCGAAGAGCUGGGCUCCAACCUGAGCACAAUUAAAUGUCCGAAAUGCGAAUGGGGCUGGGUGCGCGCCGAGAAGCCUUUGGACGACGCGUCCGACUACAAAUGCCACAAAUGUGAAUACAAAAUGUCCAAUGCGGAUACCAUGAAGGUGAUGGGCGUCAUCCAAAGGGAGAUUGAAGCGCUGGACCCUGCGGACCUGGAGGUCAGGGAGCAGCUCAUCAAGAAAUAUCACGCCUUCCUCCACCCGAAACACGCGCACCUGACUGCCCUGAAACACUCCCUGUGCCAACUGUACGGCAGGGUGGCCGAAUACACCUUCGAAGAGAUGCCUGACCUUCUCAUGGAGAGGAAAAUUGAGCUUUGCAAACACAUGCUGCAAAUUGCAGACAUUGUCCAGCCUGGCUACUCAAGACUAAGAGGAAUGAUUCUGUACGAAUUACACGCACCGCUCAUAAUGUUGGCGCGCAGUCUGUACCAACAAGACGUGCUGACAGGGUUCGCCCUUCUGACGCGCAUGCAAGAGGCUGAAAGGGUGCUGGCGGAAGCUGUUCACAUUCUUUCAUUUGAAGACCCCGACUCGAUGGAGGGCCAGUUGGCUGCCCAGGCUAGGUUUUCAUUGGAACAGUUGCAGCAGACCAUCAUAAUGCUGCCCCAGCAAAUCGAUAUUAUGGACGGAGAACAGCAUAUUGGUGGUUAACGCUUUGAGGGAUGAAUUUAAAAAAAAAAUUAAGACACUUCUCUAAUUUAAUGUUCAAGGCGUUUAUCGUUAAAUAAUUUAUGCAUUAAAUGUGUAAAUUUAAACGGAUUGUUGGCUUACUUGUGGUGAUUUAUGUAUAAUUUUUAUACCUUAGAAUAAAAUUUCAAUAAAUUAAUGACGUAGCAAAUUUUUUUUUUUUGUAA